AUGAGCCCGCCAGAUCAGAGAGUGAUCAAUAGCAGCAGCAGGAUGCCGAAAGCAAGGAGCUCUCUUCGCGACCGUCUCGCCCGCGCCAUCGCCGGACCCCCACGGAUCCCGACGAGCAGCCGGCCCUUCGAGGCCUCCGCCCGGACACCAGCGCGCAGCCAACGGCGCGAGAACGAGCCGCUCAGCACCGCCGCACCAGCUCCGAUCCCGGCUCCGACACCGCCGUCCGGACCACGCCGACCAGCAGUGGCGCGCCAGCGGACGACACGCUCUCGCCAGGAACGGCUGUACGCCGAGGCACCGCCAGCAGUCGACAACGGGCGAAGCGUGUUGCUCGCCACGUUCGGGUCCACAUUGUCGGACCUGGACGACGACGACGACAGUGGAGGUGAGUCAACCGCCGUACCGGAGGAGCGCACGACACCCGCGCCGAUGCCCGACAUAGCAGCGUUGCGCCUCGAGGAGUCCGGUCCUACCGCGCCACCAGCACCGGCCGCACCACCACCGACGGCAGUACCAGAGCCCGCACCGCCUCCACCACCGGCCCGGCCACCGUCCGCCGCUGCCAAAACCGCCACAGCUGAGCUGACUCAGCCGCCGCUGCCAACGCCGCCGCCGACACCGCCCGCAUCGCCCGGGUAUUUCACCCGGCCGCAGCCGACCACGACGCCGACCGGGUACUCCACCCAGCCACCGCCGACACCACCAUCACCAGCAACCGUGACGCCAACUUCGCCACUCGCCGGCCAAUCCGUCAUCCCCAGCGAAGUUCUACGGGCCAUCCCCUGGGAACGGAUACCGCCAGGUCGCCGCUACCGCCACCAGGCCCUCGGACACCGCAUCGUGGUGAAGCACCAGUCCGACGGGUCGUGGUAUAUCCGCUAA